AUGGAGCCAUUGAUGGAAGAUGAAGAAUACAGGUGCGUAGAACUGAAACUUUCUUCUCUGAUUCCGGUGGUGCCGGAGCCGGAGCUUGCGAGGGAAACAGGGGAAAGGAGAAGAGGAAGGGACAUAAUCAUAGCCAUCGAUCAUGGCCCCAACAGCAAACACGCUUUCGAUUGGACUCUCAUUCACUUUUCGAGGCUCGCUGAUACUAUCCAUCUCGUUCACGCCGUUUCCGAUUUGAGAAACCAAGUUGUUUAUGACUCAAGCCAGGAGCUGAUGGAUAAUUUAGCUGUUGAGGCUUUACAAAUAGCAAUGGUGAAAACAGUAGCCAGGAUUGUGGAAGGUGAUCCGGGGAAAGUAAUUUGCAAGGAAGCAGAAAGGAUCAAACCUGCAGCUGUGGUUUUGGGGACCAGAGGCAGAGGCUUGAUUCAAAGGGCUUCCCAUGUGAGUGAAAGGGCAGAGAGUGAGACAGAAGAAGAGAAACAGUGA